CAACAGUUUGUUCCACGAGGUCGUGCAGAUGAACUUUGAGAUCGCCAGCUUCAGCAGCCUGUCGGGAACGCAGCCCAUCACCUGGCAGGUGGAGUACCCUCGGAAGGGGACCACGGACAUCACCCUGUCCGAAAUCUUCAUCUGCCAGAAGGACCUCGUUGGAAUUGUUCCCCUGGCCAUGGACACGGAGAUUCUGAACACAGCGAUUCUCACGGGGAAAACGGUGGCAGUGCCCAUCAAAGUGGUGUCCAUCGAGGAGAACAGUGCCGUGACAGACAUCUCCGAGUCAGUGGAGUGCAAAUCCUCUGGUGAAGACGUCAUUAAAGUUUCUGACAGAUGUGACUACGUUUUUGUCAAUGGCAAAGAAAUGAAAGGCAAGGUGAAUGCGCUUGUGAACUUCACCUACCAGUAUCUGAGUGCUCCUCUGCAGAUCACGGUCUGGGUUCCUCGCCUGCCCCUUCAGAUCGACAUUUCGGACACAGAACUGAGCCAGAUCAAAGGCUGGAGAGUCCCAGUUGUUUCCAACAAAAGGCCCACCAGGGACAGCGAUGAUGAGGAUGAGGACGAGCGGAAGGGCAGGGGCUGCACCCUGCAGUACCAGCACGCCAUGGUGAGGGUCCUCACCCAGUUCGUGGCUGAGGAUUCCAGCCCCUGGGGCCAGCUGAGCUACCUGCUGGGCUCGGACUGGCACUUUGACAUCACAGACCUGGUGGUGGAUUUUAUGAAACUGGAGGAUCCUCACAUUGCCAAGCUGCAGGAGGGCAGGAUUCUGAUUGGAAGGGAAGUGGGAAUGACAACGAUGCAGGUUUUGUCUCCUCUGUCUGACUCCAUCCUGGCAGAGAAGACAGUGACUGUGCUGGAUGACAAAGUGACCAUAACAGACCUUGGAGUGCAGUUGGUGUCUGGGCUCUCCCUCUUCCUCCAGCCGAGUGCAGCCAGCAGUCGGGCUAUCGUGGCUACAACUCUUGCCCAAGAGUUGCUUCACACUCCUAAGCAGGAAGCUGUAGUGAGCACCUGGAUCCAGUUUAGUGACAGCUCUGUCACUCCCCUGGACAUUUAUGACCCCAAGGACUUCUCCCUCUCCGCCGUGUCCCUGGACGAGAGCGUCGUCUCCAUCCACCACGACGCCGCCUUAAGGUGGCCGGUCGUGGCAGCGGAAGGCGAAGGCCAGGGCACCUUGAUCAAGGUGGACAUGAUGAUCUCCGAGGCCUGCCAGAAGUCCAAGAGGAAGAGCGUCCUGGCCGUGGGGAGCGGCAGCAUCAAGGUGAAGUUCGGCCAGAACGACGCGGACUCCGACGCGGGCGGGGACUACGACGCCGACGAGAUCGAAAACCACGCGAGCGACCGGCGGCACAAGGCGUCGGAGCAGGAGCGCUACGGCCACGACGGGCGGUACUACGGCAGCUCCUCGGCCGAGAGGGAGGAGGGCUCGGUCAGGAAAGCCAGCACCACUGCAAAGUCCAUCCUGAAGAACAAGGUCCUCAGAAACAACCGGCUGGACGGCGGCAAACUCUCGGACGACAGCCAGCUGCAGAACAUUCCCAUAGACUUCACCAACUUCCCCGCCCAGGUGGACCUCCCCAAGGGCAGCGCGGGCGUGGAGGACGGCGACCUGGUGCAGACACCCCGGGGCCUGAGUGACCUGGAGAUCGGGAUGUACGCCCUGCUGGGGGUCUUCUGCCUGGCAAUUCUAGUCUUCCUAAUAAACUGUGCAACAUUUGCACUGAAGUACCGCCACAAGCAGGUCCUGGUGGAAGGACAGACCACCAUGGCCCAUUCCCACGACUGGGUGUGGCUGGGGAACGAGGCAGAGCUGCUGGAGAACACGGCAGAUGCGUCGCCUCAGCAGGACGAGCACACGACCAUCAUCGACCGGGGCUCGGGCAGCGAGGAGAGCAACCAGCUCCUCAACGGCAGCGCUCAGAAGAACAUCCAGGGCCAGGUCCACAGGUGUGCAGACUCGGGGGGCAAGCCGGGGAAGGAACAGAAACCUGAAGGUUUACAUUCGCCGACGUCCAAACGGAAGCGGGUAAAAUUCACCACGUUCACAACCAUCCCGCCCGACGACGGCUGCCCCACUGUCAACUCAAUCCUCAGUAGCAAUGACGAUGACAUUAAGUGGGUGUGCCAGGAUAUGGACCUGGGGGACUCCAAAGAGAUACGAAACUACAUGGAGAAGUUCAAAGAUAAAGUGUAGCUCCUUGCUGGGUUUGGGGUUUUUUUUUGGGGGGGGGGUUUAACCACACCUUGAUGCCUUCAGUUCUACAGUAUAUAUUGGGACAGGAGAGGGGGAGGGGAAGGGAUCACCAGGAGAAAAGAUGAGGCAGUUUUUUUAUAAUCAGGGAAAGAAAUUUGCCAAACUGUCCAUGGUUUGUUUUUGGUUUGUUUGUUGUUGUGUUUUUUUUUUCACUUUGUCUUGG